AUGAGUGGCAGACACGGCUACGGCAACGGAUACGGCUACUCCGACGCCGGCCGAUACGAUCAUGGUGAUGGCGGAUACGGCAAUCUCGGCGUGAACGGGUACAGCGGCCGAAGCGCCGGAGGACCAGGAGGACCAGGAGGAGGAGGCGGCCGAGAUCGCCGUCCGGGCGGAUAUGGUGGAUUUUACCCCGAACCGAUCCAGCAGCCGUCUAUCUCUCCAGGCCAUUCCCCGGAGCCGCGUCGCGAUCGAGCAAAUCGGGAUCGGCAACAACCGCCGUCGCAGCCUACCUCACGGCCCCGCACGAGAAACGGCGAUACGGACAGAAGAUACCAGGCUUCCAAGGAUGAUCGGCCCAGGGACCCAGCUAGGGAUCCAGCUAGGGAUCCAAUCAGAGAUCCAGCCCGAGAUCUACCCAGAGACCAGCCCAGAGACCAUCCCAGAGACCAUCCCAGAGACCAACCCCGAGACCUAGCCAAAGACCUGCCCCGAGAGCCCCGGCGGCAUCCAGAGCACAGGACUCGGGAGCGGAAUGAGUCUGAUGUGAUGAGGUUGGAGCAUAACGCUGGGGAGGCGCAGCCCAUUGAAACGGUUCUACAAUCAAUUCAGCGCGACUGGGAUUUCAUGACCGAUUCCGAAUGCAUCCCGGUGGACGUGGCUUUGAAUUUGAUGGACACGAGUACAUUGGGAAAAGCCGAUCGUGAACCGGACUUUUUGCGCAUGCACAAUCAGAUCCAAAGGACGCUUAAGACGAUUGUCAAUGAACAUCACCAGGGAUUCAACAGUUCCAUCGGUACAUACCACAAAAUCCAGUCGAAUAUUGCUACUUCGCAAGGUCGGGUGCGCAACCUACGGAACUCCCUGGAGGAGGCCAAGUCCGGGUUGUUAUCAACAAAGCCCGAGCUGAAAGGGCUGGCAACAUCUUCUCAAAAUUACGACGAUAUCGUCCAGUUGUUCGCCCAGAUCGAAGAGAUUCAAUCUUUGCCCGAAAAGCUUGAGUCCCGGAUCUCUGACAAACGCUUCCUCGCAGCGGUGGAAGUGCUUCACACUGGCUUGCGAGUGCUCCGGCGCUCUGAACUCGAAAACAUUGGUGCAUUGUCUGACAUCAGGGCCUAUUUCAGCAACCAGGAGAUUUCGCUCACAGACAUUCUAAUCGAGGAGUUGCAUGACCACCUGUACCUCAAAUCUCCGUACUGUUCGGACCGGUGGAAGCCCCCUGUAUCGGACGGUGAAGUGAGUGCAUCCAGCUGGUCCGGCAAUCGCUCCUGGGAACGCCCAAUCUACAGUUUCUUGGCCAAAUUAGAUGGCUCGUCACCGAUGGUCGAAGAUGCUUCUCGAAACCCGGAAGCCGACACGUUCUCCUACAUUCAGCUGUUGAUCGAAGCGCUGAAUAUGAUGGGUCAUCUUGAUGUCGCCAUCGAUCGGAUUGAACAGCGCUUGCCCGUUGAACUAUUUGCCGUCGUCGACAAGACCAAUGCAGAGGUCGACACUCGCUACCCCACACCGACCAAAAGCUUUUCUUCGCAAGACAAUUAUCUCAAGUCCAAUUUGCCGACUGAAGUUAUUGAGAAGCGAGGCCACGUAUUGUCCGAGUUCUUGUGGGCUCUCUACGCCAAAUUUGAAUCUAUCGCGGAGGGCCACCGGGUUGUUCACGAUGUUGUUGCGGCCAUUGUGGAACGAGAGGGCCUCACCACAGGCGAGGCACUUUCCGGUGGAUUCAAAGAGUUGUGGAAGCUUCUUCAGAGCGAGAUCCGAGCUCUCUUGCACGAUUACCUUGCAACUGAUGGAGAGACGUCUGUUCGAACUCGGGGAGAAGAGGCGGAGUCGCGGCUUCAUCUCAAUUCAGGCACCCGGGACAAAAACAAGAAAAUGUUCAAGCUAUCCGAUAUUGACCAGAACUCGGAAAUGAAAGCCGAACAAGACGAGCUGGAUGAAAUUCUCAAGUCCUCAGUACCGGGACUUGUAUCCAAAUCCAGACAAAAGGCUUCUGCAAACGAUGCUGCACAGUCCAGGCAAGGCAACUCGGGGACAGGCCACAAGAUCCUGCUUCAACCGAGUGUCUUCAAUAUGGGUCUGCUUCUUCCGCCCUCGCUAUCGUUCAUACAGCGCCUCAAGGAUAUCGUUCCUGUUGAUUCAGACAUCUCCAUGAAUACAUUGACCUCCUUUUUGGAUGACUUCAUGGUCAACGUGUUUCUUCCCCAGUUGGAUGAGACUGUGACGGACUUGUGCACACUCAGUUUCAUUUCAGCCGAUGCCUUCACGGAAGACCCGCAGUGGUCUAAAGUUUCCCCCCGGCCUAUCUUCAGGGGAGCGGUCAAGUUCAUGUCUAUCGUUCGUGAGUUCAGCAAAAUGUUGUCGAGCAUUCCACACGACCAGGCAUUUACGCAACUUCUCAUCGAUCAAAUUGUCACAUUUUACGACAAAUGUUGCGGGUGGUAUAAAGCAAUGGUUACAAAAGUCUCUGCGAGGAAUCAUGGGGGCGGUGUCCAACUCAAAGCCGCAGCGUCAUUUGCUGAUUCCGGCGAUAUCCAUGACACGGUCAACGAUCUAUGGAAAGGAGCUGGGGACAAGAAACAAACCCUCAUCGACACAGAAAUCGAUCUUCUUCUCAAGCGGACAAAUGAGGUGCCUCUGGAACCUUACGAUAUCAUAUCUGAUCCUAAGACCGUCGUUGCCCUUUCACUCCUGCAUAACAGCAUGCAAUGGCUGGGAAGUCAUCUCGCCAAGAUUCGGUUUGUCAUAGACCCAUUGUCGGAGUCGGACUCACCAACCUUAUCUUCGAGCGGUCAACCUUCCCGCCGGUGGACAUUGUUUGGGGCGAUGAAGCCCAAGCGGGACAGUAUCAACCACCCAGUAUACCUUCCUCUUAACCAGGAAACGGCCCAGGCUUUCGACAAAACUAUUCAAUCUCUCCAUUCACUGGGCUCCACCGCUGUCCUGACUCUGCACGUGGAUAUCCGCUGCGGCAUCAUUCACAUGUUGACGAGGACCAUGUCCGGCCCGAACCCUCCUGCUGUGCGAAACUCUGAGCCCAUGACCCCGUCCGCGGGUGGGGGUGAGGGUUGGUGGCAUAUCCUUAUGAACCAACCCACGGCCGCGUCACCCACUAUCCUGGAACUGAACAAUGACCUGAUUGCAUUCGACACCAACGUCUCAACGUACCUGGGAUCCGCCGAACGAUGGUUCAUCACGUCCGGUCUCGCGCGAUUCAUUGACCGCGUCUUUGUGGAUAGCAGCCGCUACAUUGGGGCGAUGAACGAGAAUGGGGCUCUCCGGUUGCAGCUGGAUGUGCUGGUUCUACAACAAAACCUAAAGAACAUCAUCAUUGACCCGACUGGGGAAUCGACAAAUGGGGCCAGCUCCGCAAAAGGCUCAUCGCAGGAAGUCGUUGCUUUGCCACGUAGCGCCAAAUUCCUGGACUGGUUCCUCGAAGGCGCCGAGAAAGCCCUUGAAUAUGCCAAGGAAGAGAAGGAAGCGUUCGCAGCGCAGGGAGAGAAAGCCUUGGCUGCUGGGAACGGCGAGCCCUUCACGUACGAUGAGCUGCGCGUGCUUGUGGACCUCUGCUUUUCUGAAAUUCUUCGAGGCCCGCGUGGCAUCGAGAACCGGGAGGACUUUAUGUCGGCGAAGAAAGCCAGUGCUGAUGCGCUGUUGACCCUGAACGAGAUCAUGUGGGAUGCGCGGUAG